CGGCAGCAGGGACGCGGCUCCGCCCUCCCCACCCUCACGUGACCGGGGCGGCGGGGCCCCUGCCGGACACCGUAGCGGCGCCGCGCCCGGCCCGGCCCUGCUGCGCCUCGCCAUGGGCUGCUGCUACAGCAGCGAGGCCGAGGCCUCCGACCAGGAAGAAGAGACAAAGCGGCUGCUGGAGCCGGCAGCCAGCCCUCCCAACAAGGUGCUGAACGGAGCAGAGCAGAGCUACCACAACCUCCCAUCGGCACGCACUGACGAGCAGGCCAUGCUGUCCUCCAUCCUCGCCAAAACGGCCAUCAACAUCAUCGACGUGUCGGCAGCGGAUUCCCAGGGCAUGGAGCAGCACGAGUACAUGGACAGAGCCAGGCAGUACAGCACGCGCCUGGCCAUGCUGAGCAACAACCUGACGCACUGGAAGAAGCUCCCGCUGCUGCCGUCUCUGACCAACCAACCGCACCAAGUGCUCGCCAGUGACCCCGUCCCCUUCGCAGACCUGCAGCAGGUGUCCCGGAUAGCUGCCUACGCCUUCAGCGCGCUCUCACAGAUCCGCGUCGAUGCCAAAGAAGAACUGGUUGUACAGUUUGGCAUCCCCUGAGCCCGCCCUGCGGCACCACAGCUUCACCGGUUUUGGGUUGUUUUUGUUUUGUUUUGUUUUUUUCCUACCCCUCCCCCCUUUUUUUGGUCUUUAUUUCUCCUCCCCUCCCUCCCCACGGCGCCGCGACAGAACUUGUACAGACACCCAGUUUCCUACUAAUCGCCAAGAUGCCCGUCGCCGGCGCUUCGACCCCGCUGCGGUAGCUGCUGGCGCUGCUCGGAGGCUUUCUCCUCCUGCUGGGUGGGUGUGCGUGGGGAGGGGGCUGCGUUUUGCCGGACGCUGCCUUGCACAGGGAUGACCACAAAGGGAACGCCGGCACAGGGAGGCCCCAGUGUGUGCCGGGUCACCGGGAAGGGUAGGCUGGAACCAGGUGGUGCUGGAGUCGGGCUGCAGCGGAUGUGACUCUCUACGUGGGACCCGGUGGCUUCUGACACCAUCCCCACUCAUUUUUACAUGUUUGGACCUUUAUUUUGGUUUUUUUAAUUAUUAUUUUUGGCCACAGUAGAUAAAACAACAUUCAUCCA